UUCGCCACUAAUGCGCCACAACAUUCCUGCUGCACAUUCACGAGCAAAUGACUCGGAUAUCAUGACAAUACUGCUCUCAAAAACCCAAUGCGAACCUUGAUUCUUGUAAACGACAGUCUGUCGUGUAAAUGGAGCCCUUCAUUUAAUUUUAAAACGGUACAUUCGCUUUAUUUGGGAGAGAUGCUAGCUUAGCCUAGCCUGGUGAUAUAAUCCUGCUUUAGAACUCACUAAACUCACGAAACCACUCAGAUUCAGGGUGAAGUUAAAGAUGCCACCUGGGACAGAUGACCCUCGUAAACUCUUCAUCCUGACCACAGCAGGAAACUACUUCAGUCUGGACACAACGGCAUCUCUGUCCACCUGCAGUCCACUCGAUAACUUCCUAGAUGAUGGGAAUGAAUUCCUGCUCAUCGUUAAUAAACAAUCUGAUGAGCUUUACUUCUCAAACAAGUUGGACAGUAUGGACAGUGAUGGCGGGGUUCUAGUAUUUUUUAAGCCUCAUCCUUGUGUGGUAUCAGAGGAGAACCUGCACAGAUCAGUCCUAGUGUCCUCCAUGCUGGAGUCUCCCAUCAGCACUCUCUAUCAGGCUCUGAGACAGGUGUACAGCCCAGUUCUGCUGCAGGAUGAUAAAUGGAGUAAAUCAUGUGAUUCAAAGCUUCAGUCUCUGCUUAUGGAUCUUGAGGUUGGUUUGGGUUCUGUGCUCAGACACUCACACACACAGGAUUCUGGGGAACGGAGUCUAUCAGAGACAGAUGUGCUAAGUAUCAUGACUCCUCUGGAUGAGUUCAGGUUUUGGGCUGAUGUCAGUCGAUCAGGACAGAACAGCAGUGAGAGAGAGAGAGCUGCACACUUCACCGAACUCUUCACAACCCUUGAGAAGGAUUACAGUAAUCUGGACAGUUUCAGUCUGGUGGAGGUACUGGACCUGAUUGAGAACACACGAGAGAUAGUAGAUGAUGUGUGGAGACAGAAUGACCACGCCCCCUACCCUGAGACACGCAUGAUCAGACUCAUGGAUGUCAUAGGUGGGACUCUCGGGAGGUUUGUACAAAGGAAGUUAAGUUCUCUCCAAUUGUGGGAGGAUCUGUAUUUCACAGUGAGGGAGGGGCUUAAAGGGGGUGUGGCUGUGUGUGAGCAGUGGGUGGCAGCUUGUGAACACCUGACCGGUCAGGUGUGGAAACGUUAUUCACCUCAUUCAUGGAGCGGAGAGAAGCACCGCCCACAAGAGCUUCAAAGCCUUGCCCAACGAUUGGAGGAGGUGGUACAGGUGCGAUCUGUGUGUGAGAAACUGCAGCGUUUGUUAUCUGGAGGAAAACAGCAGAUUUUAGCCGCACGUGUGUAUCAGCCGUUCACUGGACUCAACCCCAUACAUUACAACCCAUAUACAGAGCCGUUAUGGAGAGCAGCAGUGUCUCAGUUUGAUCGGCUCAUUGCUCCAGCAGAACAGGAAGCAGCUGGAAAACUCAAGACCUUCAUAACAGAUGCACAGGACAGUCCACAACAGCUGCUGCAAGUUUUUCAGAAGCACAGAGAUCUGAUCAGACGAGCCACAAUCAGCAAAGAGCUUCAGCCUGAAAGAGAAACACUGCUCACACGACUGCUGGAUUACAACAAGGGAAUGCGAGCAGAUUUUGAGAGCCGUUGCCAUGGUGCUCCAGGAGAGAAAAUGGGUCCUCUAGCGGGCAGAAACCUUCCUGAGGUCGUCAACAAUAUUGUGUGGGUCAGACAGCUGCUGCUGAAGGUGGAGGACUCGCUGAAGAUGGCAGAUGUGUUGCUCUCAGAUCUGUCUGGCUUUCGAUCGCUGGUUCGUUUCUCUGAUGAGCUUCAGGAGCAGUUGAGAUCCUACGAGCAGGAGCAGUUUGAAGACUGGACCAGAGAUCUGCUGUCAGGACUCUCAGAUCCCAAAUCUGGAAUCAGUCUGCAGGCCAGUAACCGGGUAAUGGAGUUGGAUCAUAUGGAUGGCAAACUGAAGAUCCAGUACUCUGAUCGGCUGGUGAGUUUACUCCGAGAGGUGAGACAGCUGUCUGCUCUGGGCUUCACCAUCCCUGCCAAGAUCCAGCAGGCAGCAAACACAGCCGAGAAGUUCUACAGACAGGCCAUCAUCCUCAAACAGGUGGCUCAUUUCUACAACACCAUUGAUCAGCAGAUGAUCCCCUCUCAAAGACCCAUGAUGCUCGGCUGCGCUCUGGCAUUUGAACAGGUCAUCAAGCAGAAUCCGCGGUCUCAGUCUCGUGAUGAGGGUGGUAAACUGCAGAUCACGUGGGAGAAUCCUAAAGAACUGGAGCAGUACAUCAGUAAACUCCAGAACGCCGCAGAGAAGCUCUCCACAGAGAAUCGCAAACUCAGGAAGUGGCACACUGACUUCAUUGAUAAGGUGGUGUGUUUGAUGGGAGUGGAUCUCUUGCGUCAGCAGCAGAGAUGGAAAGAUGCUCUUCAGGAUCUCAGGACUGGAUUUGCUACUCUGGAGUCUCAGGGUAUCCGUGUGGGAGACAUGAGGGCGUGGCGGCAGCACUGGAACUAUCAGCUGUAUAAAGCUCUGGAGCUUCAGUAUCAGGUGGGAUUAGAAGCUCUCAACAAGAACCUGCCUGAGAUCAACAUCGACCUCAUCUUCAAGCAUGGGCGUCUGCAGUUCCGUCCAGCGUUCGAGGAGGUCAGGGCAAAGUACUACCGCGAGAUGAAAAGGUUCAUCUGCAUCCCCAAUCAGUUUAAGGGCGUGAGUGAGACGGGCGAGGAGCCCAUCUUCACCUGCAUGAUCGAACGCAACGUCAGCGGCUUCCUGACCAUCUUCAGCAAAGCCGAACAUCUCUUCAGUCGACUCGCACGCAUGCUGGACAAGUUCAAGGAUUGGGUGGUGCUGGGACAGGUGGAUGUGGACGUUCUGGUGGAGAAACACCUUCAUAGUGUUCAGGACUGGGAGAGAAACUUCAAAGCUCUCAAAGCCAAAGGAAAAGAGGCCGAACGGUUGCCAAGCACAGAGAAGAUAGACUGUAUCACAGUGAACUGUGAGCCCGUUAGAGCAGCAGUUGAUGACCUCAUCCAGAGGUUGUUUGAUGCUCUGCUGACGUCCCUCAGGAGAUCCAUCCAAGGUCACAUUCAGGUGAUCGAUUCUUUUGUGUCUGGUGCGAUGGAGACUCUGUCAUUGCGCCCUGAAAGCAUUGAUGAGAUUGGAGAGGCCAAUGCCAAACACAGCCAAUUAAACGCCCAGAAACCAGAGAUAUUACCUCAGUUCCAGCAGGUGGAGGAGAAGAACAGACUCUUGCGGUCUGUAGCGGGUGGAGGUGUGGACACCAUCAGCUCCCUCAGAGCCAAAUGGGACAAAUUUGAGUUAAUGAUGGAGAGUCAUCAACUCAUGAUAAAAGAACAGGUGGAGGUGAUGAAAGGGAAUGUUGAGUCUCGGGUUCAGGUGUACCUGCAGGAUCUGCAGAAGUUCAGAGCUCGCUGGGACCAGCUCAAACCUGGACAUGACAUCAUCGAGUCAGGUGACCAUGAGACGCUACAGCGCUGUGUGCAGAACAUCAGAGACAGAAGGGCAGAGUUCGACGAGCUGGAGACCACACGCAAAAAACUCAUGGAGGAUUGUGAUCACUUUAAUCUGAAUUGUCCGGAUGUGUCUUUGGCGAUGGACACACUGAGGGAUCUGCAGGAAUGUUCUGAGAUGUGGGAACUUUUCGAGAAGUUUCAGCAGGGACUUGAUGAAAAUGCUGAGCAGGACUGGAUUUCCUUCAGGAGUAAGACUCACAUGUUUGAAGAGUUUUUGUUUGCGUGGCAUGACAGACUGAGGAAGCUCGAGCAGCAUACCAGCAUGACUGUCAAACUGCAGAAGGAAGUGGACAAAUAUAAGGCUGUGGUUCCAGUGUUAAAGUAUGUGCGUGGUGAGCAUCUCUCUCAAGAACAUUGGCUGGAUCUUUUCCGCCUCAUCUGUCUGCCCAGAGGAACUACUCUAGAGACACUGCAGUUUAGAGACCUGCUGAAAGUGGCUGACAACAUAAUAGACAAAGCCCUGGAACUCAAGGACCUGAACAGUCGUGCUCAGGCGGAGGUCACCAUCCGUGAGGCUCUGCGGGAGCUGGAAUUGUGGGGCGCUGGGGCGUGUUUCACCCUGACGGACUACACGGACAGUCAGGGCGGCUCUCUACGGCUCAUCAAGGACUGGAGGGACAUGGUGAAUCAGGUGGGCGAUAACCGCUGCCUUCUGCAGUCGCUCAAAGACUCGCCCUAUUACCUGCGCUUCCAGGAUAAAGUGUCACUGUGGGAAACACGAUUGGCCGACCUCGACGAAUACCUUCAGAAUCUCAACACCAUCCAGAGGAAGUGGGUCUACCUUGAGCCCAUAUUUGGGCGUGGGGCAUUACCACGGGAACAGGCCCGCUUUCAGAGGGUCGAUCAGGAUUUCAGGGCUAUACUGUCUGAUGUUCAGCGUGACAGCAGGGUGACAUCUCUUACGACUCGAGCAGGAAUCAGAAACUCUCUUGUCACCAUCUUGGAUCAGUUACAGCGUUGCCAGAAAUCCCUGAAUGAAUUCCUAGAGGAGAAGCGUUCUGCCUUUCCUCGCUUUUACUUCAUUGGAGACGAUGAUCUACUGGAGAUUCUCGGACAAGCUACAAACCCCGCUGUCAUACACACACACCUGAAGAAACUCUUUGCAGGUAUCAACAGUGUGGAGUUCGAUGAGAGUUUUCAGAGCAUUACAGCCAUGAAAUCUCUAGAGGGGGAGACGGUUCUGCUCCAAAACACCAUCAGCAUCUCAAACGAUGUGGAGGUCUGGUUGAGUGCUCUCUCCACUGAAAUGAAAAACACACUGAAACAUCUUCUGUGUGAGUGUGUGAAUGCAGGAAAGAAAGGAAACGUGGACCCCACACGCUUCCCCUCUCAGAUUCUGUGUCUAGCAGAGCAGAUCCAGUUCACUGCAGAUGUGGAAAGCUCCAUUCGCCAGCAGAACCUUCAGCAGCUGGAGCAGGAGCUCACUGCUAAACUGGAGAACUACACCAGUGUAGACACCAGCACAGAUGAUACUGCAGAAUCAAGGGUUCUGCAGCUGAAACUGAAGGCUUUGAUUCUGGACAUCAUUCACAACAUCUCAGUGGUCCAGAGUCUGAGAGAGGCUCAGGUGCACAGUGCUGAUGACUGGAUUUGGAAAAAACAGCUGCGGUUUUACCUGAAUUCAGACCAGAGCUGCUCCAUACAGAUGGUGGAUGCAGAGUUCAGCUACACAUAUGAAUAUCAGGGUAAUGCUCCUAAACUGGUACACACACCCCUGACAGAUAAGUGCUAUUUGACACUCACCCAGGCCAUGAAGAUGGGUUUGGGUGGGAAUCCUUACGGUCCUGCGGGAACUGGCAAAACAGAGUCGGUCAAAGCGCUGGGAGGACUGUUUGGAAGACAAGUACUGGUCUUCAACUGUGACGAGGGUAUAGAUGUGAAGUCCAUGGGCCGCAUCUUUGUGGGUCUGGUGAAGUGUGGAGCAUGGGGUUGUUUUGAUGAAUUUAAUCGUCUAGAGGAGGCUGUGCUCUCAGCUGUAUCAAUGCAGAUACAAGCCAUCCAGAACUCGCUCAAGAACCAGAAUACCACCUGCCAACUGCUCAAUAAAGAGGUGGAGCUGGACCCAAACUCGGGCGUCUUUAUAACCCUAAACCCAGCGGGUAAAGGAUACGGAGGGCGGCAGAAGUUGCCGGAUAAUCUGAAGCAGCUAUUCCGUCCGGUUGCGAUGACAAGUCCUGAUAACGAGCUCAUCGCUGAAGUCAUUCUGUACUCAGAGGGAUUUAAGGAAGGAAAAGCGCUUGGGCGGAAACUCGUCGCCAUAUUCAAUCUGUCCAGGGAGUUGUUGACACCACAGCAACAUUAUGAUUGGGGUUUACGUGCGCUGAAGACGGUAUUGAGAGGCUGUGGGAGUUUACUUCAGUUACAGAGACAAAACAACAACAACAUAAAGGAGAAUGGGUUAGUGGUUCAGGCAUUGAGGCUAAACACUAUGUCAAAGUUGACGUUUGCUGACAACUCUCGGUUUGACGCUUUGGUCAGAGAUGUGUUUCCUGGAGUUGACUUAAAAGAUGUGGAGUAUGAGACGCUCAAAUCCGCCCUGCUGGCUGUUUAUGAAGAAGCACACUUGGAAACCAUACCCAGCCAGUUAAAGAAGGCUCUGGAGCUGUAUGAGCAGCUCAGGCAGCGGAUGGGUGUGGUGGUUGUUGGGCCGAGUGGGGCGGGCAAGUCCACUCUGUGGAGAAUGUUGCGUGCAGCACUUGGCAGGAUGGGUCGUGUGGUGAAGCAGUACACUAUGAAUCCUAAAGCUAUGCCACGACAACAGCUGCUGGGACACAUCGACAUGGACACAAGAGAGUGGUCUGAUGGAGUACUGACAUCAUCUGCACGACAAAUGGUGCGAGAACCACAUGAGGUCAGCUCAUGGAUAAUCUGUGAUGGAGACAUUGAUCCAGAGUGGAUCGAGUCGUUAAACUCUGUGCUGGAUGAUAAUCGUUUACUCACCAUGCCUAGUGGAGAGAGGAUUCAGUUCGGCCCCAACGUCAACUUCCUGUUUGAGACUCAUGAUCUGAGCUGUGCCUCUCCUGCUACCAUCUCCCGCAUGGGCAUGAUCUUCCUCAGUGAUGAAGACACUGAUGUAGGCUCUCUGGUAAAGUCGUGGCUGAAGAGAGAAGAUGAAGACAACAGAAUGAAUCUGGAGAACUGGCUCAAUGAUUAUUUCCACAGAGCUUUAGACUGGGUUCUCAAACAGAGUGAUUUUGUGGUGGACACCAGUCUGGUUGGCACAGUGAUGAACGGUUUGUCACAUCUAAGAGGGGUGAGAGAGAGAGGACAGUUUGUUGUGGGACUCAUACGCGGUUUGGGAGGAAAUCUCACCCUGAAAUGCCGUCAGGAGUUUGCCAAGGAGGUAAUGAGUUGGGCGAGAGAAACCCCUCCUGACCCCCGGAAGCCUCUGGACACGUACUAUGACCCCGCGUCCGGUCGUCUGUGCGUCUACGAGCUGCAGCAAGGGGAAGGUGUGUGUGUGGAAGAUCUCAGUAACCCUCACAAUCUGCCAGUCAUACACACACCUGACAUGCAGCGUGGACUUGACCUCUUCACCCCAUGGCUCUCGUCCAAUCACAAACAGCCGUUCCUGCUGGUGGGACCAGUGGGAUGUGGGAAAGGUAUGCUCCUGCGCUGUGCGUUCUCUCAGCUUCGCUCCACUCAGGUCGCUGUGAUUCACUGUAGCGCUCAGACAUCAUCGCGUCACGUCCUUCAGAAACUCACACACACGUGUUUGGUGAUCAGCUCAAACACGGGCCGCGUGUACCGACCCAAAGACUGUGAGAGACUGGUGCUCUACCUCAAAGACAUCAACCUACCCAAACCAGACAAGUGGGGCACCAGCAACCUCAUUGCCUUCUUACAACAGGUCUUGACGUAUCAGGGCUUCUAUGAUGAGAAUCUGGAGUGGGUGGGGCUUGAGAACAUACAAAUUGUGGCCUCCAUGUCAGCAGGGGGCGCUGUAGGACGACACCCACUCACAUCGCGCUUUACCUCCAUCGUACGCAUCUGCACCAUUGAUUAUCCAGACAGAGAGCAGCUGCAGACCAUCUAUAGUGCGUACCUGAAACCCGUGCUACAGAGGACUCUGGGUAAUGAUCCCACCUGGAGCUCUGCAGGGAAGAUCUACCAGCUCGCCAGCUCAUUGGUGCAGGUCUACGAUCAGGUGAAGGCUAAGUUCUCAGUAGAUGAUCACAGUCAUUAUCUGUUCACUCCAUGUAUGCUCACACAGUGGGUCCUGAAUCUGCUCCGAUACGACCUGACCGCAGGUAAAUCUGCUAUAGAUUCAGUUUUAGAGGUGGUGGCGUAUGAAGCUCGCCGUCUGUUCAGGGACCGAAUUGUGUCCUCUAAAGAUCUCAAUGUGUUUGAUAACAUCCUGUCAUCCGUUAUCAGAGGAGACUGGGGCUCAGACGCCCUUGAUAACAUGACAGAUGCAUACUUUGUGACGUGGGGUGCGUCUCAUGAGGGGCGGUCCCCUGGUCAGCCCCUCCCACCACAUGGCAAACCGCUCGGACGUCUAAACGCCAGUGACCUGAGUGAGAUUAUACACAAGGGAAUCGUUCUGUACGGUCGUGAUAACCGUGAGCUGGACAUCUUGUUGUUUCCGGAGGUUUUAGACUACAUGUCUCGAGUGGACCGCGUUCUGAGCUCUCCGGGUGGGUCACUGCUGCUGGCGGGUCGUGGCGGCGUCGGGCGGCGUACGGCUACAUACGUGGUCAGCCACAUGCAUGGAGCGUCUCUCUUCACGCCCAAAAUCUCCCGCUCAUACUCGCUGAAACACUUCAAAACUGACCUCAAAACUGUGAUGCAAUUAGCCGGUGUGGACGGGCAGCAGGUUGUUUUAUUGUUGGAAGAUCAUCAGUUUGUUCAUCCGUCCUUCUUGGAGAUGGUGAACAGUCUGUUGUCUUCAGGUGAGGUUCCAGGUGUGUACUCCACUGAAGAGUUGGAGCCUCUGUUAUCAUCUCUGAAAGAUCAGGCAUCACAGGAUGGAUUUACCGGUCCAGUUCUCAACUAUUUCUCCCACCGCGUUCAGCAGAACCUCCAUGUGGUUUUAAUCAUGGACUGCACUAAUGAACACUUCACCAUUAACUGUGAGAGUAACCCCGCCCUCUACAGGAAGUGCUGCGUACAGUGGAUGGAAGGUUGGUCUGACAGCAGUAUGAAGAAGAUCCCAGAGAUGCUGCUGUCACGGAUGGAAGGAGGGGACGAGAAGAACGGACAGACACAGAAGAAGAAGAAAUCUGCGUCCGUCCAUGCAGACCUCUAUCGGUCCUUCCUGAUGAUCCACGAGUCGUGUCGGGAGUUUGGAGCCACACCGAGUCAGUACCUGCGUUUUCUGCAUGUGUAUCAGUCCAUCUACAGCUUGAAACGAAAGGAACUGACCCAGAAACAACAACACCUGCAGGCGGGCGUGGCCAAGCUGAAUGAAGCAAAGGCGUUGGUGGAUGAGCUGAAGAGGCGGGCGGCCGAGCAGAGCAGCUUGCUGAAGACCAAACAAGCUGAAGCAGAUGCAGCUCUGCAGGAGAUCACCUUCUCAAUGCAGAAUGCUAGCGACCAGAAGACAGAGAUGGAGAAGAUCAAAGAGAGAAUGGCAAACGAGGUCUCCAAGAUCGAAGAGCGGAAGAAGAAAAUUGACGAGGAGCUCAGAGAGGUCCAGCCCCUAGUUGAUGAGGCAAAGCAAGCAGUGGGGAACAUUAAACCAGAGUCCCUGUCUGAGAUCCGCUCCCUGCGCAUGCCGCCUGAUGUCAUCAGAGAUAUCCUGGAGGGAGUGCUGAGACUCAUGGGAAUAUUUGACACUUCCUGGGUCAGCAUGAAGAGUUUCUUAGCCAAGCGAGGAGUGCGGGAGGACAUCGUAACGUUUGACGCUAGAAACAUCACUCAUGAAAUCCGGCAGAGUGUUGAAGAGCUGCUGCAUAGAAACAAGGCAUCGUUUGACCCCAAGAACGCCAAGCGUGCGAGUGCGGCCGCUGCUCCUCUGGCAGUAUGGGUGAAAGCCAACGUUCAGUACUCGCACGUGCUGGAGAAGAUACAACCACUGGAGACGGAGCAUGCAGGACUGAUGGAAAACCUGCGGAAGACAGAGAACCGUAAAAACAGGCUUGAAAAGGAGCUGAACUCAGUUGGAGAGAAAGUUCUUGAGCUGAAAGACAAGUUUCAGUGUCGUACGACUGAAGCAGCUAAGCUGGAGUCAGAGGUGAGCAGAGCGCAAGAGACCAUCAGCGCAGCUGAGAAACUACUGCAACAGCUGGACGGAGAACACACACGAUGGAACACACAGGUGGAUGAAAUCAGUGAGGAGUUGGAUACGCUUCCCAAGAGAGCUCAACUAUCAGCUGCGUUCAUCACAUACCUGCCGUCGGCUCCUGAAGACCAGCGACGCACCAGUCUAGACAACUGGAUGAACAAUUCUGGACUACAGAAAUUUGAUCUACGUCACUUCCUGUGUUCUGAGAGUGAACAGCUGAUCUGGAAGAGUGAAGGUUUGCCGUCUGACGACCUGUCAAUGGAGAACGCUCUGGUUAUUUUACAGAGUGCUUCUUGUCCGUUUUUGAUCGAUCCGUCCUCUCGUGCUACAGAGUGGUUGCGAACUCAUCUUAAAGCACACCGUCUGGAGGUCAUAAACCAACAGGACGCUAACUUUAUGACAGUGUUAGAGUUAGCUGUGCGCUUCGGAAAAACUCUGAUCGUUCAGGAGAUGGACGGCGUGGAACCUGUCCUGUACCCACUACUGCGGCGAGAUCUCAUCGCUCAGGGACCGCGAUAUGUGGUGCAGAUCGGAGAUAAAGUCAUCGACUAUAAUGAGGACUUCCGGCUGUUUUUGGCGACUCGUAACCCCAGUCCAUUUAUCCCACCUGACGCUGCGUCUGUUAUUACAGAGGUUAACUUCACCACCACUAGAGCAGGCCUACGAGGACAGUUAUUAGCAUUGACCAUCCAGCAGGAGAAGCCAGAGCUGGAGAGUGAAAAAACGAAACUCCUUCAACAGGAAGAGGAGAAGAAGAUUCAGCUCGCUCAGCUGGAGGAGUCACUGCUCGAGACUCUGGCCACAGCUCAAGGGAAUAUCCUGGAGAAUAAGGAGUUGAUUGAAUCUCUGAACCAGACUAAAGCGAGCAGCUCUCUGAUCCACCAAUCACUGGCUGAAUCUCACAGAUUGCAGACAUCACUCGAUCAGGAGAGGGAUGCGUACCUGCCGUUAGCUGAGACGGCCAGUAAAAUGUAUUUUGUCAUUAUGGAUCUGUCCAAGAUUAAUAACAUGUACAGAUUCAGUUUGGUGUCAUUCCUACGUCUCUUCAACAGAGCGCUGCAGACUAAACAGGAAAGUGAGAGUACAGAUGUGAGAAUUUCCACAUUGGAGACCAGUCUGAAGAACAUGGUGUAUGAAUAUAUCUGCCGCUCACUCUUCAAGGCUGAUCAAUUAAUGUUUGCUCUGCACUUUGUGAAGGGAAUGAACCCAGAACUGUUCCAGGAGAACGAAUGGGAUGUUUUCACUGGGCUGAUAGUUGGAGACAUGGUUCGUAAGACGGACUCCCAAAAGUCUUUCCGAGAACAGUUUCCAUCUUGGAUUGAUCAGGAGAGACUGAACGCAGUGGCCCUGCUCAAGAACACAUUUCCAAUGUUAUAUCAGUCUCUGUGUCUGAAUGAUGCAGACCUCUGGCUUGCAUUCUCACGCAGUUCCUGCUGCGAACAGGAAAUCCCGCCUCCCAUUGCCAAGAAGAUCUCUCUCUUUCAGCAGGUGUUGAUAGUUCAGGCAUUACGGCCGGAUAGGUUGCAGAGUGCAAUGGCAGUGUUUGCAUCUCAAGCUUUGGGAAUGAGGGAGCUGUCUCCUCCACCACUGAAUCUGAAGCGUUUGUUUGGAGAGACACUGGAGACUGAACCUGUCUUACUGAUCAUCUCUGCUGGUGCUGAUCCAUCUCAAGAGCUGCUGGAACUCGCCAGUCAGAUUGUGGGCAGAGAAAACUACCACGAGGUGGCGAUGGGUCAGGGUCAGGCUGAUGUUGCUCUGCAGAUGCUCAGAGAGUGUGUGCACUCCGGUGAAUGGCUGUGCUUGAAAAACCUGCACCUUGUCACAGCGUGGCUCCCCCUACUGGAAAAGGAGAUCAACAGUAUGAAACCCAAUGCAGGCUUCAGACUCUGGUUGACUGCUGAGGUCCAUGUGAAAUUCACACCGAUACUGCUGCAGUCCAGCCUCAAAAUCACCUAUGAGGCUCCUCCAGGACUCAAAAAGAACUUGAAGAGGACUUAUGAAUCGUGGACUUCAGAGCAGAUCAGUAAAGGUGGUCAGCUGACACGUGCUCAGUCUCUCUUCUGUCUGGCCUGGUUCCACGCUGUGUGUCAAGAAAGACGCAAUUACAUUCCACAGGGUUGGACGAAGUUCUACGAGUUCUCUCUGUCAGACCUGAGAGCCGGCUUUGACAUUAUUGACCAACUGUUUGAAGGUGGGAAGGUGUUACAGUGGGAAUACGUUCACGGUCUCCUGGAAAACGCCAUCUACGGCGGACGCGUUGAUAACGUGUGUGACCUACGUGUUCUCCGCUCGUACCUGCAGCAGUUCUUUAACGCACAACUACUCAAUCAAACAACCUCUCGCAUGAAGAAAACACACACAUUUCCUGCUCAGAUACACCUGCCCAACUCCUGUAGCAUAGCGGAUUAUCGUGCGGUGAUAGACGCAUUGCCUGAAGAUGACAGACCCAUUUUCUUUGGCCUGCCUGCAAACAUCGAGCGAUCGUCACAGAGAAUCGUCAGCUCACAGGUUAUCUCUCAGCUGAGGAUUCUGAGCAGGUCGGUAGCAGCCGGGUCUAAAUUCGACAGAGAGAUCUGGUCUAACGGACUUUCACCUGUGCUCAACCUGUGGAAGCGACUCAACCAGGGCUCCUCACUGAUCCAUCAGAAGGUGGCUCCGCCCAGCGAGGGCGUCGGCUCUCCCGUUCUCUCAUUCGUCCAGCUGGAGCAGUUUAACGCUGUGCGAUUGGUCCAGUGCAUUCACCAAUCACUGGCCUCACUCAGUAAGGUCAUCAGAGGCUCCUCCCUCCUGACUGCUGAUGUGCACAAACUGGCCACUGCACUGUUGAACCAGGAGUGUCCGUUGAGUUGGCAGAAUAAAUGGGAAGGCCCUGAAGACCCGAUGCAGUAUUUGCGAGCCGUCGUGUCCAGAGCACUCGCAAUUCAGAUAUGGGUCGAGAGAGCAGAGAGAGGCGGUCUGCUGUCUGAAACGCUGGAUUUGUCUGAACUCUUUCACCCCGAUACUUUCCUGAACGCCCUGAGACAAGAGACCGCCAGGUUGAUGAAUUGCUCUAUGGAUAGUUUGAAGUUUGUGGCAUCAUGGAGGGGUCAAAUCACUGAAGCCAAACUACAAGUGAAGGUUGGUGGUCUUCAGUUGGAAGGUUGUAGUUUUGAUGGGAAUCGUCUGUCUGAAAACCAGCAUGACUCUCCCAGUGUAUGUGCUGUCCCUGCGUGUUACAUGGCCUGGAUUCCUCAGAGCGCCGUGGGCAGUUAUUCUGCAGACGAGUGUAUCUCUCUGCCGGUGUACAGCAGUGCUGAGCGUGUAUGUGUGGUGACAAACGUUGAGCUGCCGUGUGCCGGAGAUCACGACACAUGGAUUCAGAGCGGAGCUGCACUUUUCCUCAAACAGCAGUAACACACACACACACACACACACACACACACACACACACACACACACACACACACACACACACACACACACAGCGGUCUCCCAAAGUUUGAUAUUUCCAGCUGUGCUUAUUGACACUCAGUUUAGAAUCGGAUCAUUCCAAACACUGAUAUCACAGAUAUUACAAUAACUUUAUAUUAUCACAUUAUAAUAUAUUGUUUUUGUAUUAUUUUGUCUUCACAUGGCUGAAAUCUAGUGAUGUUUUUGUUCUGAUUGAUGAGAUAAAAGUGCUGUAAGAUUGUAGUUUUAUUCAGUCUUGUGGCAGAUGUUUAUAUUAUCAAAUAAAAGAGUCUUUCCUGUAAA